AUCUCUUCCUUUUUAUUCAUCACGCCGAAAAUACGAACUCCGAAAACUCCACAACGAGUAUGACAUUCAUACCAAAUAAUCCCCAGAGGCAUCACAUGUUUGUCGCAUCGACAUUCCAGGAAGAAGUAUGGAAAUGUCCAAUUCAAGCAAUUUCGCGACUUGAAGUCUACAGAGUCAUACCCGCGGAAUCACACGUAUUUACCCUAGUACGUGAAGGACGACUACAAGAGUUUCGUGAAAUGUUGCAAAGAGGCGAGGCUUCUCUUCGGGACCACGACGAGAAUGGAGCGUCACUAUUAUUCUAUUCUACUCGCCAGCCGGAGAUGUGCAAAUAUCUCAUUGCGGGCGGGUUGGAUGUCGAUCACGUGGGAAAGGUCGAGCUCCUUGACCAUAGUUUUUCAAUGACUCCCUUACAAGUGGGGUGUAACGACGACGAAAUCGACCGAGACACAUUGUCAUUGAUAAACAGAUGCCGCAGAUUGCUUCUGGAAGCUGGCGCUGAUCCAACGAUUGAUGUCGAUGGAAAAGCUGGUUCAUUUUUCUCAGCUAUCCAUGAGUCUGGUGUACCUGAAUCAUUUCGAAUAGCAUGGAAUCCGGACUUAACUGGUCAUUUUGCUUCAAUCUCUUCCUAUACCGUAUGGGAUGGCCUCACAUCACUGUCGGCCUAUUGCAUGGGCUUCAGCACAGGCUGCGACAGAGAUGGAGUUAAUGCGCUUCUUGACCUAGGUGCAGACAUCAAUGCCCGCGAUGUCUUCGGUCGCACUUGUUUACACAUUUUCAUGAGCCUUUUGCAUGGUGACUUCCGCAUACGAAAAGAUUACGGCGUCCUAGAAUGUCUUAUCGAAAGAGGAGCCGAUGUCAAUGCUCAGGACAACUCGGGGACCUCAGUUUCAAGGGUUGCUUACACGCACCUAUAUCCUCGGUGUCGGGAUAUUGGAAGUUAUCCCGGAGACCUCUGGGACUCGGUCUUACAAAGCUGUGGCUACAAUAUCGAAGAAUAUCGUCGCGACAAGUGUCGUAAGGCCAAAUAUACGAAGCGCUACACGCGAGCGCAUUUCGAGAUGCUUUGGGAAGGGAAGGAACAUCUAUGUCCUUAUUGGGAUGACGAACCAUGGCCGCCAAAUGCUGAGGGCGAUUCCAGUACCGAUGACCUCGAGUAUGACAGCGACGACUCGUCCAAUGUCCCCAGCGACUCAGACGAAGGCGACGAAGGAAGUUCCUUAGCGGAAGAGACGCAGGAGAAGGAAGAUGGUUAUUCGGACGAAGAUGGUGAAGGAGGUUUCCAAGGAGAAGAAAUUCAUGACAUAGGAGCGUACUUGGUCUGAUGAAGAGGCAGUUGCAAGUUUCACAUAU